UAUCGCCAUGGCGUUAAUUUUUUUUUUGCUGAAGUCUGUGAUGUUAGGAAGAUGAGUUCUGUUGUUUAUGACCAAAUUCUGUUGGAACUGUGCUGACUCCCGUUUGAAUCACUGAGUUGUUGUUUGAUGACAUCUUUUUAUUUAGUGUCUUUUUUCUCUCUCUCUAUGUUAUCUUCUAUCAUCUCUCCAGACUCUGUCAGGCUGGUGAAUGGGACCAGUCUGUGCUCAGGCAGACUGGAGGUGAAGACUAACCAGUCUACCCAGCGCUGGUCCUCAGUGUGUGAAGCUGACUUUGACCAGCAGGAUGCAGAGGUGGUCUGUAGGGAGCUUAGCUGCGGGCCUCCUUCUGUCCUCCAGGGGGCACUCUAUGGAGAAGUGGAGGCUCCAAUGAGGACCAAAGCAGUCCAGUGUGGAGGCCAUGAGUCUGCUCUCCUGGACUGUAGAAGCUCAGGCUCAGAUAGAAACACCUGCCCGCCUGGAAAAGCUGUUGGACUCACCUGCUCAGAGCCUGAUGCUGUCAGGUUGGUGGGAGGAGCCAGUCGCUGUGCAGGAACACUAGAGGUGAAACGGGAAAAAUGGAGACCAGUUUGCUAUUAUUAUUACUCUCACUGGACCCUGAAGACAUCAGAUGCUGUCUGCAGAGAGUUAGACUGUGGCUCUGCUGUUUCUGUAGGAGAGAUAAAAGAGUCCUCAGAAAGAUCUGUGUGGUUGAUCAGCUCUUUCUGUGUUGAGUCUGGAUCUGCUCUGAGGAAUGUGCAAUAUCACAUUACUCUUCCUCCAUCCAGAAUCUCACCUGCUCAGACUCUGUCAGGCUGGUGAAUGGGACCAGUCUGUGCUCAGGCAGACUGGAGGUGAAGACUAACCAGUCUACCCAGCGCUGGUCCUCAGUGUGUGAAGAUGACUUUGACCAGCAGGA